CAUCAGGUCACUUUGUUUUUGCUCGCCAUUGGUCAAUUUUACUGUAAAUCAAAGCUUAACCCAAUCAAUGAAGGGUAAAUCCGUCGCGUUCCUUUUCGUCUGACCCAUCAGCAGUUAGUUACUAAGACUCGCGGUGCAGAUUUAAAAGUAAAAUUAAUCUCUUGUCAACGCAUUUAGGACGGGGGCCUGUCGAACAGACGCGACUUCUGAACCGAUAGCGAUGAACAUCCCCACUUGUUCCGUCUAAUCCUAGCGAGGCGGUCAGAGAGACAGAGCCGGGGACCAGAGCGGUUGCCUGGAGACCUGCUUCUCUCUUCCUCCGUCUGCUGCAGGGAUCGGCUCUCCGCCACGGCUAGCCCGCAUUUUCAUUUAAAUAAGUAAUUUGCAAGGCUAAUGUGUGAGUGUAGCCAUAUCUGACCACUGCAGCUUUUGAUCUGCUGACUCAGCUUGAGUAAAGCGCUUUGUGAAGACCAGAUGGACGCGGAUCGGGUCUUUUAGAUCAGGUGCUGACAAUCUAAAUCCUGUGCAGCUUCGGAUACAUCAUCAUGUGGACCGUCUCACAGAUGCCUCCUGGACCCUGUGAUCCGAUUUCUGGAAGACUGUGACAGGAUCGUCCUUCCCUGUAACCGACGCUGCUCAACCUUAAUACACACAUUGACUUUGAGCACCACUGCCCGAGAUUAUGCUGAGCAUCCUUGCAGCUGGCUCCAUAUUCUUCCCAGGCCUCUUCCUGCUGUCCAAGCGAUUCCUGAAACAUGCUCCUGGGCUCAAAUGGAGCGAGAAGGAUGCUGUCAUCGUCUCGUCCAGACUGGUGUCCUCCGUUCAGGCCAUUAUGGCAUCCUCUGCCGGGUACAUCAUCGCCUGUUCAUGUGAAGACAUCAUUGAGGACCAGCAUUGGCUUACCAGCAGCUAUAUCCUCUUUGCUGUCCCCUACUUCGUCUAUGACAUCUAUGCCAUGUUCAUGUGCCACUGGUACAAACUUCAGGUCAAAGAUCACGAGGAGGAGGGUGAAGCCAAACCGAUGAGGUCAGCCAUCAGCGGAUAUCUGCGCCGAGAGUUCCUUAUGGUCCUGCACCAUGUCGUCAUGGUUACUGUGUGUUUCCCUGUCUCUGUGUUCUGGAGACAGGGAAAAGGGGAUUAUUUCCAGGGUGUGAUGUUCCUGGCAGAACUCAGCACCCCAUCCGUCUGUCUUGGAAAAAUACUCAUCCAGUACAAGCAACAGCACACUCUCCUACAUAAAGUCAAUGGAGCUCUUAUGCUGGUCACUUUCUUCAUCUGCAGAGUUCUUCUCUUCCCCUACCUCUACUACGCCUAUGGCAGGUACGCCUCCAUCCCCUUCUACAUGGUGCCGCUGUCUGUGCCCUGGCAGUGUAACGCAGGUGCAGCUUUGCUCAUGGCCCCGCAGGUCUACUGGUUUUCCCUCAUCUGCAGGGGCGCCUUCCGUCUCUUCACCAGAGCCUCACGGCACAAAGCUACUCCUAGCACCACAGACUCUGAAUCAAAAACCUCACUCCUGCCCCCUGCCAACGGAUACAGCCCCAGAGAGACCGACUCGCACUGAGAGAGGAGUAGAGAUAGAGAUAGAGAUAGACAGGGUUGCUAGGUUUAGACCAAACAGGAAACCGAAGGUAGACUGACUUAUUACCAUGGGUGGAUCUACCUUGGACGCAGUGGCGUGGGUUAGCAAACAAAGAAACUGGAGGUCUGUACCCUCGCUAUUCACCAACCAUCAUCCUCUCAUUGAGAAGAAAAAAAAAGACUGCAGACCAAACCAAACGGAUGGUUUUCCCCCUAACAUGCACGUUCUCUAUGUUGGAGCAGUAGGUCGGGGAAAUGUCAUCUGCUGCUUUGCAGGUUUAGGGCAUCAUUUGUAGAUUACCAUGGUCAUAAGCUUCAGGAAAAGAGACUGAUGUGGAUGCAACGGGAACAGUAUUAAAAAUGAUCGAUGGA